UCAAAGUCAUAUCCUACUCUUUUCUCGUGUUCCGAUUGGAUUGAUUCAAAGGUGCUGAAUGUCCUUGAGGACGAAGGCACAGUAUAAAGGGAUAUCUCUAGGUCAGGGGCUGCACUAUAAAAUAAAAACUAAGACUGGUUACUUUUGAUUGAGGGCAAGUUCGUCAAACCAAGGCUAUAUAAGGAAGUAGAUAAAACUUUAAAAAUACAUAACGAUAAGAUAAAGAUACAAGCAGUCGUUUGAUAUAAAAUAGCUGGUUGGACGUUUUCACGAGAGUCGAAACAUCAUUUUAUUAAGAUGAAGUGUGCUCUAUUAGUUGUGGCGUUGACUGCAGUAGUAGGCGUGGCGUGCACUUAUGAUGGGCCAGAAUUGCAGAACUGCGCAAGGAUCAUUAGCAGGGCUGGGUGGGGCGCUCGUCCCCCCAGGCAGAGGAGCAAUAUGAGGACUCCCGUUUCAAUGGUGUUUGUCCAUCACACAGCAGGCGCUUUCUGUAGCAGCCGGGCAAGGUGCUCAGCCACAGUGCGAAACACUCAGAGGUUCCAUAUGAACUCAAGAGGAUGGUCCGAUAUCGGAUACAGCUUCCUGGUCGGUGAAGAUGGCAACGCUUACGAGGGACGUGGCUGGACUACGGUUGGUGCUCACACUCGAGGUUACAACUCACAAGCAAUCGCCGUUUCCGUGAUGGGUAACUUUAUGUCAAGAGCGCCUAAUGCGGCAGCACUGAGAGCGGUUCAAGAUGUUAUCGCUUGUGGAAUCUCCAGGGGUUACAUCCGAUCCAAUUAUGAAUUGUUUGGGCACCGAGAUGGAGGUUGUACGGCAUGUCCUGGAGACCGACUCUACACAACCAUUCGUCGUUGGCCAAGGUUCAGCACGAGACAAAUCCGAAAGUACUGUUAAAGACUCCAUCAGUUGUGACACUGAACUUGAGCUUGAUUUUACAACCUAGUCAUUCCUCAAUAAAUUAAUUGGAUACAUUUUAUGAAAUAUUUUUGUGAUUUUAAAUAUGACAUACUCGUACAUUAUAUGUGACUAUAAAGUAGGAGAAGAACGCAAGGACUUUAUGUACAUGUAAUGCAAGUCAAGUCUUGCUUCAAGACCUCGGACCCCCUCCCCUUAUAUAGUGGUCUUGAAGCAAGACUAAUGUAAUUUUACAAAAAUUUAAAAUAUGUGCAGUUAAAUUAAAAUUAAACGUGUAGCAAAUCAAUCAAAUUACAGAAACAAAAAUGGAUUGUAUUGUAUGUCGAUAAGUCCUUUAUCUAUUUUUAACACCAAUCUGGCUAACAGUAUUUAAGUUAUCAUCAAGACAGGCACAGAGUCUGAGAAUGAUAGACAAAACCAAGGGCAAUCAUCAGGACUAAGAUGGGACAGUUUACAUAUAGUUCUAUACUCUUACAUUAAUACGUAGCAAUGUACCAGAUAGUACAGACAUUUUACAUUUGGCAAUACAGCAAUAUGGACCAACUUCCUGUCACUUUAAAGAUACUUUGAAUCAUGCUUAUCAAACCAAUUAACAAACAAUCAUAGUUUAUAUUCUCUAUUAUACUUUAAUAAACAUUUAUCAUAUAAUUAUGAAUUAAACUUUGAAAUAUUGCACAUAUUUAUUUUAACAUAAUAAUAAUAUUUAUAACAAGUACAUGUAUGUUAUUAAACUUCAGAAAAACCUGUAUAAGUGUAACACAGUGGAAAUAAUGUUCCAUUUGAACAAAGUCGGUAUAAUGUUCCACUUGGGAAGUGUUCCAC